AUGACUCCCCAUCCAAUCGUUGAGCUCACUUCUGAAGUGUCAUGGGCUAUGGUCGAAGACAAGUUCAGUCCAUACGCGAAGGAAACGUUAACAAAGCUCAUAAAUUUCCUCGACGCGGAAGUCUUCCCAGCAACUCGCGUCGCCCACGAGCAAUUACCGACGGACGAGCGUCGUUGGAAAACAAUCAUUCCCAUUGUUGAGGAGUUGAAAGUGAAGGCUAAGAAACUCGGAUUAUGGAACCUUUUCCUCAGUAAAGCACAUUAUCCCGAAUUCGGUGUUCCUCUCACCAAUCUCGAAUACGCUGUUAUGGCCGAGGUUCUAGGCAGCGGUGGCCACAUUGCGUCCGAGGUGGUCAAUUGCUCGGCACCCGAUACUGGCAAUAUGGAGGUACUUGCGAGAUAUGGAUCACCUGAACAGCAGAAGAAAUGGCUCAUUCCUUUAUUAAACGGCGAAAUUCGGUCUUCCUUCUCUAUGACGGAGAAACACGUCGCAUCGUCGGAUGCAACAAAUAUCCGAACCUCCAUUAAGCGGGAAGGAGACGAGAUUGUCAUUAACGGCCAUAAGUGGUGGAUCAGUGGUGCUGGCGAUCCUAGAUGCAAACUUCACCUCGUCCUUGGGAAGAGCGAUCCUGGAAAUGAAAGCGCUUACCACCAGCAAAGCAUUGUCAUUGUACCCACUGACACGCCAGGAAUCAAGAUUGUCCGGCCUAUGACCGUGUUCGGGUAUGACGAUGCACCGGAGGGACAUUGCGAAGUUAUUUACGAUAAUGUCCGUGUUCCUCUGAGCAACCUGGUCUUAGGAUGGGGAAAGGGAUUCGAGAUCAUUCAGGGCCGUCUUGGCCCAGGUCGAAUCCAUCACUGCAUGCGGUCUAUCGGUGUCGCUCAAGCAGCUUUGAACACGAUGCUUCGCCGGGUAACGGAUCCUGCUCGAAAACCAUUUGGAAAGUACCUACAUGAACACGGAACUGUUGUUGCCGAUAUUGCCAAGUCGCGUGCAGAAAUUGAGGGCGCGAGACUGCUCGUCCUUAGUGCCGCAUUGAUGAUCGACAAGUAUAAAGCCAAAGGUGCAUUGAAAGAAAUUGGAAUAGCGAAAUUUGUUAUUCCUUCGAUGGCCCUCCGAGUUGUAGAUCGUGCCAUACAAUUACACGGCGGAGAGGGUGUUUCUCAAGAUCAAACUCUUGCAAAAGCUUGGAGUGGCUUGCGAACACUGCGCCUUGCUGAUGGACCUGACGCUGUACACAUUCAACAGGUCGGAUUGCGAGAGUUGCGAAGAGCUCCUGCGGUUGUGGCUAAAGAGCAGGAGCGCAAGCAAAAGGAAAGGAUUUUGAUGGAGAAAGCAGGCUUGAAGAGUCGCCUCUGA